AUGCCAGUGCGGAGGCCUCGUCCGGGGCCGGGGGAGAAGCCGAGCGCCCUGAAAGACCCGUGCGACGACAGGCCUGUGAAGGAUGUCGUGCCUCCCCCGGCGCACCUGCUCACCGCCGACGUCUUGAUGGACGCCAAUGGCGUCCCCGACGUGGACGUGCUGAGGCGCCACCUGGACCACGAGGGCGUCCUCGCGCAGGAGCUGCUGCUGGACCUCAUCAAGAAGGCCUCCGACCUGCUCGAGCAGGAGCCCAAUGUUCUCAAGCUCCAGGACCCCAUCACCGUCGUGGGCGACAUUCACGGUCAGUACUUUGACCUGGUGAAGCUCCUCGAGGUCGGUGGCGACCCAGGGGAAGUCCAGUACCUCUUCCUGGGAGACUACGUGGACCGUGGUUCCUUCUCUGUGGAGGUGAUGGCGCUGCUGUAUGCCAUCAAGAUAAAGAACCCGAAGCGCAUCCGCAUGUUGCGCGGCAACCAUGAGUGCCGCCAGAUGACUAGCUUCUUCAACUUCCGCGAGGAGUGCGAGUACAAGUACGACCUGACUGUGUACCACGCCUUCAUGGACUCCUUUGACAUGCUGCCCCUCUCGGCGACCAUCAACGGGAAGUUCCUCGCGCUGCACGGCGGCCUGUCGCCGGAGCUCACCUCGCUGAAGGCGAUCAACAGCGUCAACCGCUUCUGCGAGCCGCCCCGGGAGGGUCUGCUCUGCGACCUGCUCUGGAGCGACCCGCUGGAGCCCAAGGAGGACGAGGCGCCUGCCACGAAGCCGGCGAAGAAGGCCGCUUCGGUGCCCUCGUUCAUCCCGAACGACGUCAGGGGGUGUUCCUACUUCUUCAGCUUCGAGGGUGCCGCCAAGUUCCUGCAGAAGAACUCGCUCCUCUCCGUCAUCCGCGCGCACGAGGCGCAGCUCGAGGGCUACAAGAUGCACAAGACCAACCCCGCCACCGGGAAUGCCGGAACGGUCGGUCCCUGCUCAACCCGUUGCUAUCCCCCCCGUUCGUCCGACCCGAUCAUCACCGUGUUCUCGGCCCCGAACUACUGCGACGUCUACAACAAUAAGGGCGCCGUCUUGAAGUUCGACAACAGUUCGCUGAACAUCCUGCAGUUCAACUGCUCCCCGCACCCGUACCACCUGCCGAAUUUCAUGGACGUCUUCACGUGGAGCAUGCCCUUCGUCAUCGAGAAGGUGACGGAGAUGCUGUACUACGUGCUGCAGACGCCUGCCGGCGAGGAGGCGAGAGACCAGGAGGGCCUGGAAGCAAUGGACCUGCCGCCCCUGCCCACCAAGGUGAGGGCCCAGUUCAGCAACGCGUCUCUCACCGCGGAGGAGAAGUCGGUGGUCGAGUUCGCCUCCCAGCUGGCGGGCAAGACGCGGAGUGCCGCCGCCUCCAGCGGCAGCAGGGGCGCGGGCUCCGCCGAGGCGGAGGAGGCGCAGACGCCGGAGAAGCAAGCGGAGCAGGCGGACAGAAUACGAAAGAAGGUGCGGACCAUCGCCAGGAUGGCACGCAUGAUGAAGACGCUGCGGCAGGAGAACGAGACCAUCGUGCAGCUGAAGGGCAUCUGCCCGGGCCACAAGCUCAAGCCCGGCAUGAUCCUCGCGGGCAAAGACCACCUCGCGAGCGAGCUCCAGCGCUUCAACCACGCGAUGGAGAUCGACGCCGAGAACGAGCUGCGGCCAGAGGGCGGCCCUGUGUAG